UAUUUUUUAGAUUGAAAACUUUUAAGAAAACUAGAAAAAAAUCUAACAUGAGCGGUAAAAGACUAACCUCUGAGCGUUUACGUGAUAGAACCAGUUAUGGUCUGUAUUGUGUCAAUUUCCAUGGUUCGGGUUUAAAUACCAUUAAAGAUGAAUUUAAACGACAAGCUUUAACGGGUUUAAGACAAACGCUUUUUAUUGUGGAUUUAGAUGAAUUACAAAAAGAUCUUAACAAUCAGCCACGUAAUAGCAAAAUGAGAAAAGAAUUGAAAGAGAAUUUCAAUAAUUAUUUAAUAAAAAACUUGAUACUACAAAUACAAGGAUUUCGCAAGGAAUAUGAAUUACUAAUAAAGAAAAUCAAUGAAGAAUUAAAAUUUAAUUUAUAUGAAUAUUGGCUAAAACACAUAGAAGAAAACAAUAAAAUUUCUUUAGAACCUAAACUAAAGGAUACCAAUAAACAAAAACUUUCUAACACUAACAAAGAAUUGAAAACAGAAGACAAAAUUCCCUGUGCCGUUUCACUAUUACCCCAAGAACACAAUCGAGUAGGACAGCCUAAACUAAUAUCUACAAGAAAGUACAUUAAAGAUGAGCCCACCUUGGGCAAAUUGUACAUAAUUAUUUUGGGCGAAAUGUGUGAAGAAUUCUAUAAGGAUUUAUUAAGGCGAGAUCAACCUCUUGAGGGUAUUAUAAAUUUUAUACCAACUGAAAGCAACUAUGACAUCAUGUUGGGUAAUAAUAAAUUACGAAAUUUUAUUGUGGCAACUUUGGCUACAAUUAAUUUUUCAAUUUAUCAAAUGAGACAAGAAAUAAGUCUGAAGCCAGUGGGUUUAUUUAACCAUGAAUUACCGGUUAUAUCUAAUUGUUUAGCUACUAAAUAUUGUCGAGAAAUCUAUGAUCAAUUAACCUGGAGUAUUUAUGAUAUAGAUAUGUUAAGGCAGCAAUAUGAAUUGUUUUAUUAUAAACCCUUUCAAUUAAUAGAUGUACAAAUUCCCGCUAAUGUUAAUUUAACAGAACUAUAUUACAAGGCUGAGUCCUUGUGUAUAAAGGGAAAUUUUCAAAAUUCUAUUUCAACUAUAAGCGGCACGGAUUUGUCUACAAUAGCAGUUUACUUAAAUAGUUUAUUAAACACCUGCGGCUGGUCAGAAAGUGAAGAAACUAGUUCUAAGUUUUCAUCAAUUAUUAAAAUUUCCAAAUUUGAAAGAUUGAUUAUGGACGACAAUAAUACUUUUUUAUUAAAUAUGCUGCAAAAUGUUGAGCCCAGUAAAUAUGAUUCUUUAUAUUUAAGCUGUUUAGAUUAUAAUAUGCUUAAAACAUAUUCGGUGUUUAGGACUCCAAAAUCUUUUAAUAAUGAUGAAGAAAAUUUUAAAACUAUAAAUCUACCUAAAUAUGUAAAAUAUUAUGCUAAUUCCGAUUGCAGCCAACAACGCAUAACAGAGUUAAUUAAACAAUAUGAUGAUUACCAAAUACAAGAAAUUGCUCCUGGCUACAAACUUUAUACUUUUAAAAGAUCGUUUAAUGUUUUAAAUGAAGUUGAAGACCGCGUGAUAAUACCCACACGUUUAUGUUUUCGGGAUUUUACUUUAUUUCAAAUGAAAGAGUUUUUGCAAAAUUUAAACACCCCCUCCCUAAAACCAGAACUUUAUUCCGAUACUAGUCUUCAAGAGAAAAAAGUUAAAACUUUGGAAUUUGAUGAAAAUAUCUUCAUAAGACCUAAUUCGCUUAAAGCUUUGAAAUUACAAAAAGAAACUGCUAAAGAAGAAAAUAAAAGUAGAAAAAGUGAUUACUCCAAUAGAAGUAAAAGUGGUAAAAAAUCUUCGCUUGCUAAAUCAUCUACAAAAAGCGAAAAUUCCAUCGGCUUGCCGCAAGAUCAUCAUUUGCUUAAAGGAUACAACUUGGAGGAUACUUUACAGGAAGUAAAAUAUAAAAUUUCCAAAUACUAUUAUCAAAAGGGAUACGUGCAACUGUAUGAGGAGAAAUGGUGUUUUCAGGAUAUGAACAAGCAAAUUACUUUGGCCUUAAAUAAUACCACUAUAUUUUUCAAUGGAACUCGUCAUUUACCCCAUAAUAUAAGCAAUAACAUACGUUUAAUUAGUCCCAACAAUAUCAGUAUUCGUAUACUUAAUAAUCCCGAAGAGUUUUCGAAGAUCGUUAUGUAUUAUCCAAACGGAUUGAGUGUAUUUUAUCACGACACAUAUUGUGAGCAAAUUUGGUAUUGUGAUGAUACUCCUCGAAAAGAAGAGCGUAGAAUUUAUACUAAUUUAGGAGCUAUAAUUGUUUUCUUUAAGAGUAAUGAUUUGAUCAUGAUAAUGCGUUAUAAUGGUGAAAUAUAUAAACUUUAUCAACAUGAGUUAGCGGAAGAAGAGGAAGAACAAGGCCACACUAGUGAGCUGGGAGAGGUGCAAGAGAAAAGUUCGGGUUAUAUAGAUAUCAAAGCUCAGGGUGACUCAAUAAUAAAUAAAGGAGAUACAUUUGAGCAUAAAUCGAAACAAUCUAAAAAAUCAAGAAACACUUUAAAAUCUUGCAUUAAUUAUGAAUUAAACUUCUUAAAUUUAUUAUGUUCUAUAUAUGAUUUAAAAUAUUUACAUCUAAUAGUAACCACUUCCCAAGGAAGGCGUAUAAAUAUGACCCAUCAAGGAAAUAUCUUUGAAGGACCUCAUUGUUCUCUUAAUGAAUGGCAUGACUAUUAUGCCAAUGAAUCCUAUUGUGAGCGCAGUGAUGGUGUAAAAAUGAUUUGGUCCUCAGAUUAUUUUAAAUGUUUUCACAAAGAUGGUUCAUCAUUUAAAACCACCAUCGAGAAUAUAUUUGAGAAGGAAACAGAUGAGUUUGAAUCUCAAAUUUCGCAAAGUUCCUCACAUGAUUAUAUAAAAGAUGAAAUGGAAGAUGAAAUACAGGAUAAAUCGAAAUUGGGCAAAAAUCUUAAGCAAAAGGAAUUAUCUUUUGGAGGAAUGUCCUCUAUCUUUCAGCCUUUUACUUUUAUAAAUCACGAAACUGUUGAGGAACAUAUAUCAUCAGAUUUGCCAUUUAUAACUUAUCACUGCAAAAGUUUCUUCAUGCAACACCCAAAUUAUGCUGAAGUUUAUAUACUUAACCCAGAACUCUCAAAUUUUUUAUCACUAAUGGAAAUCUUUGGCAAGGAUGAUAUACGAAUUUAUAUCCAUAGAGAGCCUAGUUAUAUAGAUGAAGAAUACUUAAGAUCAGAAGGUGAAGAAUAUACAAAUAAUUAUACGAAUUUUAAAACUAUAGUAAAUGUCUGGAUUGGGGAAAAUUUAAAUAUAACUGCGGAUAAUGAAGUUUGUGAAGUGUAUGCGGUAAUGUCGGAAUCUCAAGUUGUUAGGGAAUUGAAAAGUGAUUCUUCCUUGACAUUGAGAUUAAAAUAUACGGACUGUAUAAAUGAUGCUUUCAAAUAUUUGGUUAAUGAAAUAGCCUUAUUAGAAGGCAGCAAAAAGCAAAAAACUGAAAAAUUAUAUUACAUAGAAAAACUUAAUUCAGAUUGCAGUAGAAGAGGUUUUGAAUUUUAUGCUUCUCCACCUGUUCUUUCCCACUACAAUUUUACUGCUAGUAACAAUAUAACCGAAUUUAAGCCUGUGACUAGCAUACAGGAAUUAAUGACCAAUAAUUGUGAAUACUAUCAUCAAGAAUUGAACAAAUUCCCACGUUUCAAACAGGCAAAAAAGAAAAAACUAGUCGAUGUUGCUAUAGAAUUUCCCCAAUUACUAAGUGCUAACAUAUUUAUAAAAAUCCCCCAACAACUUAGAAGUACCGCUAAUAUUACAAAUUUCUUGGAGCCUUUUGAAAAAAUAGAUUUUAAAAAAUUACGCAGCAAGUUUAAAAAUGUUCUUAAUUUUUAUAUGAAACCUCAGCAGCAAGAGGAUUUGAAAAUAUUUAGCAGUUUAAAGAAUUGGUCAAAGCGUCAUUGGGAGCAUAAGAGACGUUUAUUUACAGAACAACAACGUUUGAGCCUUUAUCAUGCCAUGAUUAAACAUAAAAUGUAUCCAAAUUAUUGGAAAUUUUCAAAAGCCUAUGAGUGUCAAGUAUGUCGUAUAGAAUUUUUUGACUUUAUGCAAAAUAAAUGUGAGAAAAAAGAGAUACAAGGUCAAGAAUAAUAAAAUGAUUUUUUGAGAUUUAUUUUUAUAAGAGGAUAUAUAUAACAAUGAAGUUUAAUAAAAUAUGAGUUUAAUCUAAAUUGGUUUUUAAUAAAGAAUUUUCAAGACUAUUGAAUUUCAA